CACUUGCUCCUUUUCCUGGUCUUCGUUGGACCUUUCAACUGCUUUGCCAGUUACAGCCGUGCCACGGAGCUCUUCUACAGCCUCAACGAGGGGCUGCCUGCUGGGGUGCUCAUCGGCAGCUUUGGGGGACAGUAUGUGCAGCUGAAUAACCGCUCCGGGGAGCUGCACACCUCAGCCAUGGAGAUUGACCGGGAAGCUCUGUGCGUGGAUAGUGGUGGUGCGGCCGUCUUCGGGGGACCAGCUGCGGUCUCCUCUUCCUCACCCUCAUCCGAGUCAUGCCUGUUGCUGCUGGAUGUGCUGGUGCUGCCACAGGAGUACUUCCGCCUGGUGAAGGUAAAAAUUGCUAUCCGGGACGUCAAUGACAAUGCACCCCGCUUCCCUGUGCCCCACAUCCACCUUUCGGUGCCUGAGAAUGCACCUGUGAACACCCGCCUGGCAAUUGAGCACCCUGCCCUUGACCCUGACGUGGGCACCAAUGGCGUCCAGACCUACCGUCUGCGAGAUAACUACGGCGUCUUCACCCUGGAUGUGGAGGAGAAUGAGAGCGGGGAGAGGACUCCCUACCUGAUUGUUAUGGGAGCUCUGGACAGGGAGACGCGGGAGGAGUAUGUCACAGUCAUAAUCGCUGAGGAUGGGGGUACUCCUCCGCUUGUGGGCAGUGCCACCCUCACUAUUGGCAUCAGCGACGUCAAUGACAACUGCCCCCAGUUCAGCGACUCGCAGCUCAACGUCACCCUUUAUGGGAAUUCCAGCCUAGGGACACAUGUGGCCACUGUGCAUGCGGUAGACAUGGACCUCGGAUCCAACGCCCAGAUCACCUACUCCUAUAGCCAGAAAGUACCCCAGCCAUCCAGAGACUUGUUCCUUCUGGACGAAAGCACAGGAGCCAUCACGCUCUCCAGUAAAGUUGAUGGGGACACUCCAAGGCUCCACAGGCUGAUCAUAUUGGGCAAUGGUCCUGGCUGUAUCCCUGCUGUGAUCACAGUGCUUGUGACCAUCAUCAAAGUCAUGACGAGGCCACCUGAAGUUGUCCCUCGUUUCAUAGCUAAUGAAGUGAAAGGGGUGGUGUACUUAAAGGAACUGGAGCCUAUCAACACACCGAUAGCAUUUUUUACCAUCAAGGAUCCUGAUGAAAAAUACAAAGUCAGUUGCCAUUUGGAUGGUGAUGGGCCUUUCAGACUUACACCGUACAAGCCAUACAACAAUGAAUACUUGUUAGAGACCACAAAGCCUUUGGACUAUGAGACACAGCAGCUGUAUGAAAUCUCUGUAGUUGCAUGGAACUCAGAAGGGUUUCAUGUCAACAAAAUAAUCAAAGUACAGGUUCUGGAUGACAAUGACAACUCGCCAGUUUUCUCUCAACAGCUGAUAGAAUUAUCAAUUGAGGAGAACAAUGUUCCUAAUGCUUUCUUGACCAAACUGUACGCUACUGAUGCUGACAGUGGAGAAAGAGGGCAAGUGUCCUAUUUCUUAGGCCCUGAUGCCCCUUCCUAUUUUGCUUUAGAUAAAACCACAGGAGUUCUUACAGUUUCCACCCAGCUGGACAGAGAAGAAAAAGAGAAAUACAGAUACACUGUCAAAGCAGUGGAUUCUGGGUUCCCUCCAAGAGAAUCAAUAGCAACUGUCACCAUUACUGUGUUAGAUAAAAAUGAUAAUAGUCCAAGAUUUAUCAAUAAGGAUUUCAGCUUUUUUGUGCCAGAAAACUUUCCAGGUUUUGGUGAAAUUGGAGUUAUAAGUGUCACAGAUGCUGAUGCAGGGCAAAAUGGAUGGGUUGCCCUUUCAGUUCUGAAUGGAAGUGAUAUUUUUGUCAUAGAUACUGGAAAGGGAGUUUUGAGGGCUAAAGUCUCCUUGGAUAGAGAGCAGCAGAGCUCCUACGUUCUGUGGAUCGAAGCAGUUGAUGGUGGUGAUCCUGCCCUGUCUUCUACAGCAAAAAUAACUAUCCUUCUUCUGGACAUAAAUGACAACCCUCCUUUGGUCUUGUUUCCUCAAUCUAAUAUGUCUUAUUUGUUGGUCCUCCCUUCUACCCUUCCUGGCUCUCCUAUCACUGAAGUCUAUGCUGUCGAUAAGGACACUGGCAUGAAUGCAGUCAUAGCUUACAGCAUCAUAGGAAGAAGAGGCCCUCGACCGGAGUCAUUUAGGAUCGACCCUAAAACUGGUAAUAUCACCUUGGAAGAGUCACUGAUGCAAAAUGACUAUGGCCUCUAUCGGCUGCUUGUGAAAGUUAGUGAUCACGGCUAUCCAGAACCUCUCCAUUCCACCGUCAUGGUGAACCUCUUUGUCAAUGACACUGUUAGCAAUGAGAGCUACAUUGAAAGUUUGUUAAGAAAAGAACCUGAUAUCAGUAUAGAAGAAAAGCAGCCACAAAUAUCCAUAGAGCCUACACAUAAAAGAAUGGAGUCAGCAUCCUGCAUGCCUACCUUGGUAGCUCUGUCAAUAAUAAGCUUGGGUUCUAUCACUUUAGUAACAGGGAUGGGCAUUUACAUCUGUCUAAGGAAAGGGAAAAAGCAUCACAGAGCCGAUGAAAACUUGGAAGUACAGAUCCCAUUAAAUGGAAGAAUUAGCCUGCACAUGUUGGAGAAGAAACCAGUGGAGAUUUCUAACAUUUGACUUUUCUUUGUGGAUAAAUCAAACAUCUGAAAACCCUUGGACAGCUCUGAAACACCUGCCCGUGUGUUGUAUUGACAGAGGUUGCGAUGAAGGAUCGCUAAUUUAUAACUUAAUAAUAUUAUAAUUGUAAAUAGCUGUUUACAGUUUUUUAAAUUCAAAUUCAGUGUACAGCUUUUUUAUGAAACCUUAAUAACUAACAGCUAGCACCCUGUCUAUAAAAACAUGGACAUUAUUUGCAGUUUUCAUAAAUCGGUAAGAUCAGUAAUCAUAAAAAGGGGAAGUUAAGAGGAGUCUUUAAAGUCAAGUUUUAAAAGUCUUUUUAGCCACAAGAGGGCAUCAGAUGCUCCUGAGCAGGGAACUGUUCGAGGUACUGUCCGUGAGAUGAACACAGAGUAUAUUUUAAAUAUAUUGGUUUUAAUAUAAAACACACAUUGGCAACACAGACAUUUAAUCACACACACACGCAAAAAAAAAAAAAAA